AUGACUACCACCGCUAAACCUUACGACAUUUCCGAUCUUACCGAUAAAGAUGGAGAGUUUCGAAGAAAGCCCUCUACUUUUCGCAAUACGAUCAGUAAAGAUCCGAAUGCAAUUUUUACUCCUGAAAAGUUAGUUCAUUACAUUGGUAUUAUAGCCCAUCCUCAACUAACAGGCCAUAGAACUCUCAUCGUACGAUCUUUGAAAGGGCUUGAAGACAUUAUUGGAUUGAGCGUUGUUAAUUAUAUUUUUGGUGACAAAGGAUGGAAAUUUAGUACUCCCGAAGAAACUCCUGGAUGUAUUCCAGACACUGUAAACAAUGCUCAAUAUCUUAGUGAAUUAUGUUUCAAAGCUAACCCUGAUUAUGAAGGAAGAAAUAAAGGGCAAAACUUUUAUCCAAAACAUCUUUCAAGCGAAAUUGACAAAAUAAAUGAUUGGAUUUAUAAUAAAAUUAACGAUGAUAUGAAUCAUAUUGGGCCUCUGUUCGAAGCUCUGGAUGAUGUAGAAGCCAUUCUUUCCGAAAAUUAUUUCCUUGUUGGAAAUACCUUUACUGAAACUGACAUCAGACUUUGGACCACAAUUGUUAGGUGA